AUUUCCAAAUUGAUUCAUUUCACCUUUGAAUCGUAAUCGAUCAUAGUGCAAAAUGGAGAAAAAAACAAAUUGCAUUCAAAAUGAAGAGCAAAAGAAGGAAAAGGAACUUAUUGCUGAAAAAGCAGCAAAGGCUGGAUUUGUCAACCGACUUUAUGUGAACAUCGGACAAAAAGUUGGAGUUGUCGAGCUGACUAAGUUAGAGCCACGUUUUGAGAGGAACAUCGAUAAGCUCACCUCCUACCACAACUUAAUCUACAAAAUUGUGAAUGUAAUCGAACUUCAAGUUCAAUUCAUGCCCAAGGCAAUGGCAAAGAAAGCAGUUUUGUGUGCUCCCGGCGAGAAUCCAUGGGAAGUUCUUGGAGGAUGGUUGAAUUAUUUGGGAAAAAAUCAGUUUGAUGGGCAACAUUCUAAAAUGCUGGAAAAAUACAGUAGCGCCUGUGGAAGAAUUGCUCAAAAGGAGAUCCAGGUGCAGAAAAGAACUCGUUCUCAUCUGAUUAAAAAGAUGCGUUUGUACACUGGAGAGGAAAGUGAGAUAUUGAAUUCGAACGUAGAAAAUUUGAAUAACUUGCUCCAUGCAAUCGAUGAUUCUCGUCACCAUGUGAAGUCUUCAAAAACCACGAAAGAGGUGAAAGCAAAAGGCGAAACGUAUCGUAAAGCCAUCAAUGCUUUCAACGAAACGGCAAAUGAAGUUCAAGCAUUGAUUGACGAAGUUGCAAUGGUUGUCCCACUUCACGAAAAUGAAUUUCUGAAGUUUUCACGUGAAGCUUCGGUUUACCACGACACUGUACACAAUUCUCUGAGCGAAGUGAUCUUCCGUCUUGGUUAUCAUGUCAAGAAGCAUUGAGACCUCCGAGUUUUUUUAGAAAUCUUUCUGUGAAAUAAAGAAAUCACCGCUUUGAAAAA